CCAAGCAACGCUAGGCAGGGUGCUUUGUGGGAGGGAAUGUGUUCAGGCGUACGGUGGCCUGGAGUAAAGGCAGUGUGGAGCGGGUAACGGGGCCAGCAAGCAGAGGUGUAAACUUUUUACCUCAGUUGGGUGAAGAAGUGUGGUAUGGAGAAUGGUAUUAAGGAAAGUCAAGUGGGUCUGAACAAGAAUGGCACCCAUGCUAUCUUACCCUCACCUGUGGUGUCCGAAGGGCAUAAAAAUCACAAAAGUAUCCUCAACUCUCUGAUGUCUGGGGCUCUUGCUGGAGCUGUAGCUAAAACAGCUGUUGCUCCACUGGACAGAACCAAAAUCAUAUUCCAAGUGUCUUCAAACAGAUUUUCUGCUAAGGAAGCCUACAGACUAAUUUACCGUACUUAUUUAAAUGAAGGUUUCCUAAGUUUAUGGAGAGGUAACUCUGCCACAAUGGUGCGUGUGAUUCCCUAUGCAGCCAUACAGUUUUGUGCUCAUGAACAAUACAAGAAACUGCUUGGCAGUUAUUAUGGCUUCCAGGGAAGUGCUUUGACACCCAUUCCUCGACUUCUUGCAGGAGCUUUAGCUGGUACAACAGCUACUAUAAUAACCUAUCCCUUGGAUCUGGUGCGUGCACGCAUGGCAGUUACUCCAAAGGAAAUGUAUAGUAAUAUCAUUCACGUGUUUAUGCGAAUGUCAAGAGAGGAGGGUCUUAAGUCACUUUACAGAGGAUUCACACCUACAGUGCUUGGUGUCAUCCCAUAUGCAGGAAUCAGCUUUUUCACAUAUGAAACGCUAAAAAAGCUACAUGCAGAACAUAGUGGCAGGACACAGCCAUACCCCUUUGAGCGAUUGCUAUUUGGGGCCUGUGCAGGACUGUUUGGACAGUCCGCUUCAUACCCAUUGGAUGUGGUGAGGAGGCGAAUGCAAACUGCGGGAGUGACAGGACAUGCAUAUGGAUCAAUCAUUGGCACAAUGCAGGAGAUUGUGGCAGAGGAAGGUGUUAUCCGUGGUCUCUACAAGGGUCUUAGCAUGAACUGGGUGAAAGGACCGGUGGCAGUGGGAAUAAGCUUCACCACCUUUGAUUUAACACAGAUCCUUCUGAAAAAGCUGCAGCGACUGUCUGAUAUCCAGAGGUAGAUGAAUGAGGAGAAAGGACUGACCCUCAACCUCUUCCCUUUUGGUGGGGCAUCACCACCAUUAAAGCAGGAAUUAAAUCAUCGCCAACAAAUCGGAGUGGAAAAACAUGCCCUCUAUAAUAAGACACCAAAGUAUUUACUAAUUACUAAAGUAAUUACUAAAGAAAGAAUGAUAAUAGGUGAGGUUUUAGAUUAACUCCUUAACAACCACGAUGCUGCUCAAAUGUAGAGUGUAUGACACUCCAGUUUGUAAGUACAGAUUACAAUGCAACAAAGUCUCCAGUGAAAUUUCAAGGUGGUCAUCAUAUGAUCCUGAAGUAGUUAAUCAGUGGCUUACAAAGGAGCACUCCAAGCUAACAGGUCAAUUAAAUGUGCCACACACACUAUCUGACACCACUGUUUUAACAGAAAUGCCAAAUCAGAAAAAUGUCAUUCUAACCUAAUGUUUACUACAUGAAAUUCAUUUCGACAUAGAAAACCUUGCUAUCACUCCUUUCCUCCCAGUGAGACCGUGACAUAGUUUUAUUCUGCACUUGUUACCUGGGAGAUAGCCUGGAACAGCACAAGCCAAACUAACAGCAGUUUUGCUCUGUUAGAUUUUUAAGCUACGUCAGCUUUAUGCCAAUGAGUGAGAAAUUUGCAGUCUUUUGCACUUGAAAUGCGUGUAAUUGCUUUUUGCCUUUAAGAACAAAACAGAACUUCUUGCAGCAGCAGAGUUUUUACAGUGCAUUGUUUGGGCACAUAACCAUGUGUGUAGUAACACUAGUGUAUUCAUGCAUGUGCAGGACAUAUUGCUGCACACAUUACACAAACCUUGCAUGUUCUACGGACCUCGCUUACCAAUGUUCGUUUAAGGAAUAUCUUUUUGGUGCAUCUGUGGAGGAAGUGUAGAAAAACCAGUAACCCCAAGAGAUUACAACAUAUUAUAUGUAUUUAUACAUAAUCUGUUUGCACUACUAAAAAGUUUGCAGCCUUUUAAAAAAAUACUGAUAUUUUAAUUAUUAAAGUUAACUAUCAAAUGUUAGGGCUUUUGGGGCCAAGUCAUAUAAAUAUACAUUAUCCAAACCUCUGCUGAAUACAAUAGCAUUGAAACUGCCAGUUGUUUUUUUUUUUUAUCCAGGAGUUAAAAGAUGUCUGCCAUUAAGGAACAAAUAAGCAAAAUUGAUUACAAUAAAAAAAAAAAAAAACCAGAAGCAAAAGAAAAGGAGCAAAGAAAGGCCUUACCCUAUGAUGUAUUUGUUAAAAUUGCAGUAAACUAUGAGGAUGUAUUGAAAUUUACUAUUAUAGUUUCUCCCUGCAUGCCAAGCAAAUCAUUUGGGUAUCAAUUACAAAAGGACUAGGCAGUAAACCAAAGCAAGCAAUCAAUAAUUAGCAAUUGUUAGCAAGCUGCAGCUGCCAGGACAAUGAAAGCAAACAUCUGAUUGGUUGCUAUAGGUUACUGCUCAGGUGGAAAUUUGCCAAGUGUUGAUAAAUGUUAAAUCAUAUCUUCUAACUUGUAGUGGGGUUCUCAUUGAAUUUCACAGUGUGAAUUGCACAUUGGGAGCACGCCUUGCCUUUACUGUUCUAUAGGUGGUGGUUCAUAGCACAGCUAUGUGCUCACCAAUUGCUGCUUAUAGUGGUUUAUUCAGUAAAUUUGAUCACUUACAAAAGUGAAAGAACAAUGAUUCGGGGAGUGGCACACUCACAAAUCACUUUAAUAAAUAGCAAAUUAUAUGUCUUUGCAUCAUGGGUACACUACUACACUGCAUGGUAGACAACUCUGUUGCUGAAAUAAGCCAAAAGUAUAUGCUUUCUGUCCAGUGUUCAGUUGUGUUGCAGUGGCAGCACGUUUAGUAAGUAUGUUUAUAUAAUAUAAAAAUAUAUUUUAAAUAUGUGCCAAGAAAUUGUAUAUUUAAUAAAGAUGAACUCUGUGGUCUGUG